CACUGCUCUCUCUCUCUCUCUCUCCUUUGCAUAAAGAUCCACAACAACAUUAGAAUAAAAUUAAAAACCUCAUUGUUUAGGAUCUUAAUGACAAGUUUUUUAACUCUUCUAACCUCAUCUUAUAUUCUAAUCUCCCUCUAAAUUUGUCUGCUUCUGUAUAGCUAUAUAGAUAUAAAUAUGUAAUAAUAUAUUAUUGUUUCUCUCUCUCCCUCUCUCUAAAAUACAGCAAUGGUGGAGGAGAUGGUUCGUCUUGUACCUCUGGAACCGAACAGUGUGGUUGCUUCUGCGCAAAUGUCAAACUCGGGCUUUAGCUUUCUCUCUCUUCAACGCAUCUCGUGAUCUUAUCUUCUUCGACACUGUUCCACAUUCCAGGACUGAAGAGUUUUGGGUCUUGCCUGUAAAAGGAGACCAAUCAGUAGCUAAAUGGAGCAGUAUGAAAUUUUAGAGCAAAUUGGGAAGGGGUCUUUUGGCUCUGCCCUUCUCGUGAGGCAUAAGCUUGAAAAGAAGAAGUAUGUGUUAAAAAAGAUUCGUCUUGCCCGCCAAACUGAUAGGAGCCGUAGAUCUGCACACCAAGAGAUGGAGCUUAUUUCCAAAAUGAGGAAUCCGUUUAUUGUGGAUUAUAAAGAUUCUUGGGUAGAGAAG